GUUUUUGGUUCUUUCCUUCGAGAGGUUUCAUCGUAAUGCAUCUUCUGUAUACAAACUGCACAAAUAAUGCGUAACAAUAGCGCGUACGUAUUAUGCGUUAGGCGGAUUUCGAGAGGAGGCGGUCACGCGUACAUCGUCCCGAUUAAAUUUCAUCCGUCGAGUCUCUUGAAGGAAGUCAAACUACGGGAUCGUAUUUUAGGUAUAGGAAGGAACCGCACGCAAGAUAAAGAACACGGAAAAGAUUGGAGAAUGGUAACGCGUAUCACGGAUACGGCUCGACCUGUUAUCGUAGAGCUUGUCUGAUCAUACGGCGAGCAGAGGAGGAAGUGGCAGUCGACAGUAUCUUUUCGUAUUCCGUUUCGUUCUGUUCUCGUUUCGCGAGCGGCUCGGUGAAAGUGACACCGAGCGUAACGUUUUUUUUUUCUUUUUCGAGAAAUCCGCGAGUCCUUUGACCGAUAAACUUAUCGGAGGAAAAACUUCUGUAUCGAACGUGAUUUUCUAUGAUACCAACGAACGACGCAAGGCGAUUCAUGCAUCGCCUUCAACCGCAACGAUCCCUUCCGGAAGAAUAUCGAUCGCGCGAAGUGAGCAUAUCGUCCGCUCGUGCGUCGGUAAUGGUAUACGACGACGUUAACAAAAAAUGGGUACCGAGCGGCAGUUCGUCAGGACUUUCGAAAGUUCAAUUGUACCAUCAUCAAGUGAACAAUACGUUUCGCGUGGUUGGAAGAAAGUUGCAGGAUCACGAAAUCGUCAUCAACUGCGCGAUCCUCAAGGGACUGAAAUACAAUCAAGCGACAGUCACGUUUCAUCAAUGGCGAGAUAACAAGCAAGUAUACGGUCUGAAUUUCUCCAGUAAGGACGACGCCGACGCAUUUGCCAGAGCGAUGCUGCAAGCGCUCGAUGUGUUGAGUAAUGGAAGCAACAUAUCGAGGAGCCUCGCACCCGCAUCGACUACUCAGCAGCAGCCAGUUUUUCAGCAACAACAACCGACUAAUGCUCAAUACGAUGAAGAUAUGGGAUACAGAACUAUGACCAGGGAGGAUGUGGCAAUCAUUCAGGAACGCAGAAUGUCUCAACAAAGUCAAGCAACGAACAGUCCGAACGCAAUUUCUCCCAGCUGUCCUCUCGCGUCGCAGCAGCAACAAGUACCUCCGCAACCGCAGCAACAGCCGCAGCAACCGGCUGCGCAAUCCGUGCAACAACAACAGCAACAACAACCGACGGCCCCGCCUCAACCUCCGCAACCGCCACAGCAGCAACAGCAUCCGAUACAGCAACCGCAGCAACAACCGUUACAGCAGCAACCGCAGUCGGGUCACCACAGAACUUCGUCGGCUCCACCGGCUCCGCAGCCUCAACAACAAACCGUGAUGCAAUCGAUGCAAGUAACCGGUGGUUUGGGAACCGGUGCUGGACAAAUGUCGAGUGGAAGCGUGCCACCGGUACCACCUCCUCAGCCUCCUAUGUCCAACGCGGUUCCGCCGUGUCCACCCGCCAUGAUGAACUUUAACGUGCCGGUACCACCACCUCCGAUGAUGAUGAACCAGUACGCGCAGUCCCCGUCGUCUCAAUCUAAUCUACCGAAUCAAACACAAGCACAGGCGAUCUACGGUAGCGGUCAAACGAAUCAGUACGGUGUCGCCGCAAGCAAUAACCAGUACGCGACCGGUGCCGUGAUCGGGCAAAGUCCGAGUCAGUAUUCUACCGGCAAUCAAAAUAAUUUCUACGGUAACAAUGGCCAAGUUAGUAACGCCUAUUCGAGCGGACAAUCGGCACAGGCGAAUCAGUACGGAGGCGGCGGAGGUAGUGGUGGUACUGGUAGUGCUGGUGGAAGCCAAUACGGAAGCAGCAAUUCGAUCGGUCAAUACGCCACCAGUGCAGCAGCAGCAGCAACCGGCCAGUACGCCGUAGGUGUCGGUGUCAAUGUCGGCGUCGGCGUUGGCCAACCGAAUCAAAAUCAGUACAGCGUGGUGUCUCAGGCACAGGCACAGUAUGGUACGGGUCAGAUACAAGCAGUUUCGGGUGCGACAAAUCCGUAUGGGACACCCUCGAAUUCGGUGAAUCAGUAUAACAGUAGCGGUGGCGGUAAUAACAGUGGUAAUUGCGGUGCUGGCGGCGGCGGUGGCGGUGGUGGUGGCAGCGGUGGUAACAGUGGUACCGCUGCUGCUCAUCUUGUACCUUCGGCCAAUCCUAAUAUUUAUGCCGCUGUCGAGCAACAGCAUCCGAUACAGCAACCGCAGCAACAACCGUUACAGCAGCAACCGCAGUCGGGUCACCACAGAACUUCGUCGGCUCCACCGGCUCCGCAGCCUCAACAACAAACCGUGAUGCAAUCGAUGCAAGUAACCGGUGGUUUGGGAACCGGUGCUGGACAAAUGUCGAGUGGAAGCGUGCCACCGGUACCACCUCCUCAGCCUCCUAUGUCCAACGCGGUUCCGCCGUGUCCACCCGCCAUGAUGAACUUUAACGUGCCGGUACCACCACCUCCGAUGAUGAUGAACCAGUACGCGCAGUCCCCGUCGUCUCAAUCUAAUCUACCGAAUCAAACACAAGCACAGGCGAUCUACGGUAGCGGUCAAACGAAUCAGUACGGUGUCGCCGCAAGCAAUAACCAGUACGCGACCGGUGCCGUGAUCGGGCAAAGUCCGAGUCAGUAUUCUACCGGCAAUCAAAAUAAUUUCUACGGUAACAAUGGCCAAGUUAGUAACGCCUAUUCGAGCGGACAAUCGGCACAGGCGAAUCAGUACGGAGGCGGCGGAGGUAGUGGUGGUACUGGUAGUGCUGGUGGAAGCCAAUACGGAAGCAGCAAUUCGAUCGGUCAAUACGCCACCAGUGCAGCAGCAGCAGCAACCGGCCAGUACGCCGUAGGUGUCGGUGUCAAUGUCGGCGUCGGCGUUGGCCAACCGAAUCAAAAUCAGUACAGCGUGGUGUCUCAGGCACAGGCACAGUAUGGUACGGGUCAGAUACAAGCAGUUUCGGGUGCGACAAAUCCGUAUGGGACACCCUCGAAUUCGGUGAAUCAGUAUAACAGUAGCGGUGGCGGUAAUAACAGUGGUAAUUGCGGUGCUGGCGGCGGCGGUGGCGGUGGUGGUGGCAGCGGUGGUAACAGUGGUACCGCUGCUGCUCAUCUUGUACCUUCGGCCAAUCCUAAUAUUUAUGCCGCUGUCGGCAGUGCCGGUCCGCAACCACCACCUAUGCUACCAUUAGCUGGUCCUGCAGCACCACCUCCACCACCUCCGCCACCUGCACCAAAAAUCAACGCUGUCAACCUCAAUCCGCUUUCUGGGCCUGCAUCAACUACUACUACUACCACUACUACUAAUCUCGUCAGUUCUGCUAGCAACAACGACCCGCCUCCAGACUCCAAUUCGUUGGCUGCUGCUCUUCAAGCGGCUCGUUUGAAAAAGAAGCAGUCGUCGCAACAGCCGGUGGAGAAUAGCGGUUCGAGUACCAGUAGCAGUGGAAGCGCAGGAAGCAGUGGAAAUUAUGGCACGUUAGGAAGAGGCGGAGGUGGCGGUAUGGCUUCCAUGAUGGACGAGAUGGCUAAAACUUUGGCUCGUAGACGAGCUGCCGUCGAGAAGAAGCAACCCGAACAGCCACAGGAACCCGAAAGUUCACCCGAUAAAAAAUCAUGGGACAAGAACAAUUCGAAUAAUAAAUUUUCGAAUGGCGCCGAAUCACCGAAGUCUGUCCGCAAAAGGUUUGGUUCCGCAUCCGAGGAUACUCUCUUGAAAGUAAACGGCGUUAACGAUGGAGCUGUCCUCACUGCUCAAGAAAUGGAGGCGUUCAAAGCCGAGAUCAUCAAGGAAGUACGCAAAGAAUUUCAAAAGAUGAAGCAAGAUAUCGUGGACGCGGUCAGAGCGGAACUCAGUAGAAGAUAAAGAUGCGACAGACGAGGACCAGUUUCAUGCGUAACCGAGAAGAGAGAAGGAUUCUACUACCGUAUAGGUCAGCCGAUACGAUUAUCGACGAAGCCGUACGAUGCAAUUUUUUUUACUUCGUAUUCGCGAGAAUGGAAUGCAGUUAUACCCCAUGUAUAUCAGACGCGUUUGCGUGUAAGUACGUUAUACCUAAUCUAAUGUUCUAAGCGAACCGUAUCAGUCGUUGCGUGCCAGACGAAAGGCGAGCAACGUCCGAGAUUUUGGAUAAAAUUCAUUUAAAUUCUGUCAAUUCGAUGCACAACACACAUCUCGAAUCAUUUAUGUUGACAUGCGUAUUAAUCUUCGGUGGUAUCGUACAAUCUGUCUUUUAUUAACGACGAUUGUCGUGUUUCGUAUCACGUCAAGCAUUGUCCGUAGACAUAAAUUAUGAGUAACUUAAUGUAACGUAACGUAACGUAACGUAACGCUGAUCCCACGCACAAUGGAAGACAGUUUCUAUGUAAAUAUCAACCGAAUUCGAUUCAGCGAGCAAUACGCGAAAACGUGUAAAAAGACUUGUCUAGUCUAAAUGCAUUUAAACCUGGGGCUAAAAGAACGCGCAAUAAGUUUAUUCGCAUCCGACUAACGCGACGUUUCAUCCUCUCGAACGUUGAUCUUCGAUUAUGUAUUUAGAAUGCACCGCGGAUAUAACGUUUGUACAAUCGGUUCUAAUUUUGCUUCUUUCGUACAUACCACCUCUUCCAUGUACAGAUUUUUCAUUAAUACGCACAGCUCGAUACAUUCCAACGAGAAAACUGUUUUGGUACUUGCGCAAAAGAUAGAGUAGAUUUGCAAAGGGUCAUCGAUCGACUGCCACAAUUUCUAACGAACAAACGAAUUCUCGAUCGGACGAUCGUUCGGAUCGACGAGUUCUUCAAAUACGCGAAUACGCGCUAAUCCGAACGUGAAAGGAUUACACCAAUUUUUAUAUUUACGCGCAUUCAUUGAUCGUUCUAAGUUGAAAAUUCGAUGCGUGACAGGGCGAUCAUGUUUGCUACCGACACUGUAUACUACUCUCCGUUCUUAUAUUUUUUUAUCGUCUCUCGUACGAUUCUCACGGAAAAUGGGUAAGUUGACGUUGCAGUUCAUAUAUAUUCUAUGUAUCUAUAAUAUAGCCGUAUAUACGCUGAUCUGCACCGGCUUAUUGGCAUUUAUUGCUUUUACCAAAAAUAAAAAUGAAGGAAUGAGAGAGAGGGAGAGAGAGGAUGCGUGUGUGUGUGUGUAGCAAGAAGCGAGGAAAAAAAAAAUGAAAAGAGAAGAUAAUCGUGUCCAUUCCUGACAGCAUCGAUGUAUUUUCGAACAAUAUUUGAUAACGCUACAUCAACGUCACGCGAUUUACGAUACGAUACGAUACGGUACGAUACGAUAUGGUACGAUGUGAUAUUAUAAUACCUGCGUAUCCAGUAUUGAAUGACGCGAGCAAGCAUGAAUAUUUUGUCGCGUAUACGUUCUUUUCUCAUCUUUUUCUUUUGUUCAUAAGGAGAAAUUGUAAAUGACUGAUUGCUAAAUUAACACAGUUAUUAAGAAUGCAACGGUAAAUGUUUUAAAGCUUGUUCUAGAUACAACUAUAAGUAUUAUCGACUAAAUUUUUAACUGUCGUUCUAACGCAACAACUUGUCUAGUCGUGUAAGAGAAACGAAGAGCGGAAAUGCAACGUUUUCGGUAAUAAGCAUGGCCGUUGAAUUUUACGUUUCGAAACAACGCUGUCCGAGGGUGUUCAAAUCGAUACUUUCGUCUCAAUGUUUUCGAUUACAUAUAUGCAUAAAUGUCUUCUUUGUACGCGUGUCUUGAGUGGCGUUGUUACUACUCUUCGAAUAUCCCCCAUGCAGCGAUAACUACAGAAUCAUUCCGACAGUGUUGUUUGCGAUCGGUGUAAACACGCGAAAUUUUAUACGUCAAUUGUAUUCCAUCGAUGGAAUUGUACAAUUUUUUUUACUUCUUUUAUAUUUUCUAUCGGUGUUUACAUUUUUUUUAUUAUCGAAAGUUUAUCCCCGUCGCUCUUAAGCUAUUCACGGUAAAUACAAUGUUACGGUUCGAUUGCGUGAUCUUUGAAAAAAAAAAAGAAAAAAAAACAACGACUCGACAAAGCCUCUCGGUUCGAAGGUGCAAAAGUUAACGAGAACUGAUUAACGGAGAGCUGAUACGAGAGAGUUGGCGUGUGCAUGCGCGGGAGUAUGGCGAUGAAUGCGUUUUGCGUACAUGUGUUGCGACGGUGGUGCAGCGUAUAGAAGAAACGGAGGAGGGAUUCGAAGGGGAAAGUUUUGGGCGCGGCAAAGUACACGUUCGAUGGGUAGAAAAGGGAAGAAACGAAUCGCACGGGGUUACGAGAACAGCUAAUCGAGAAAAGCGAGACUAGUAUUAGAUGCAUUUAUAUUCUAUUUAACAUAUGUAUAUUUAUAUAUACAUAUAUCGUACAUGGAUAAUUUUAAUAACAAGAUUAACGCGCGAACAUUAAAAGAAAAAAAAAAAGAGUGUUUGUUACGAUUGAAAUUAUUUAAGGAACGCAAGAGAGCAUGGCGAUAAAACGAAUCGACGCGUUGCUUAUCGCGACACCGACGAAAUCGAGUCGAGGGAUAACCGUAAUCCAGGGCCAUUAUAAACGGUGUGUAUCAUAAUUAAUGUAUCAGCAACAAGCAAAUACACGUAUGAUAUAAAGAACUACGUACGAGAAUGCUACUUUAUAUAUUACGUGCGACGCAGCGGCAACGAGAGGUCGAAAUACAUUUUAUUUUAUUCGAUCGCUAAUCUAUCCUGCAUCCCAAGUUCGAUAAAGCGUUCGCGAUUUUGGUCGAUCAUUUUUUCUGUUCGAUACAACGAUUUAUGUACAUUCGUUCGUGCGCGUACGCGCGCGAGCAAGUUCGCGUUUAACCGAUCGUCGAGUCUCGUCGCCGUUUCCCGUCGUUGCUCGUGAGUCGAUGUCGAGACGCGUACAGAAAAAGAAAUGUUUAUACUAAAACUGCACAACAGUUAUUUCGAUACAAUGCGAUUCAUCGAGGUUGCGAGGGAACGAGUGUCUCGGCGAAAACAGCCACACCUUCCGUCAGCGAUACUGCGAGAACCGUCGAUAUCUCUUCAGCGAAUUAUCGGUAUUUCGCUAUACUGAUACGCGUUAC